AUGAAGAAAGGAGCGAAUAUGGCCGGGCCGAUCCCGAUGACUGACCGGAACGCAUCUAUGGUCGGCCGUGUUCCCUCUGGACCUCUCUCCUACAACCCUCCAUCCCAUCCCUAUCCUAUUCCACAAUCCAUCCCAUCCCACAUCCAUCACAGCCCACUUAUCUUAAAGGAGGCUUCAAAGGAGGUUCAUACCCAACCUCAAGGAAAAAGGCAGCCAACACCUGGGAAUGAUAAAGAAGGGUUAGAAAAUCACUUUGGUCGAAGAAAAUCUUCAUUGGCCCGAGUGGAUUUGAGGAUAUUCUAA